AUGAGCACAAGAACCUUCAGCGUCACCGGCUUCACCUUGCCUGUGCAGAUGGUUUCCACAACGUCGGCUGGUGCAGUUGCUCGGAUCCCCGGUAUUGCAACGACUGUAGAGGCAGCCAGAGGAAUUGUGACGCGUACUGUAAUGCAAGCAGUUUUUGAUGUUCUCGAACAACAGGGUCGUGCAGCUGGCCUCUCCGAUCCUAUAAUUCAAAUCAUUUUGAGUCAGCUCACUGUCAAUAUCAGGUACGAACCACUGGAAUGCAAGUCUAUAGUUGUGGACCCAAUGCCGGAUGCGAAUACCCAAAUGGGACGUUUGCGAUUAGGAAAAUGUGGAUCGAUGCCGGUUUUGACAAUAACCCUCGUUUACGCGCCGACAUCAAACCACGACGAAGGAGAAGUGGAAGCGUUCUAUAUGGACUUGGAGAAGUUUUACAGAGAAGGGUAUACAUUCUUCGACGUUAUCAUUGGAGGUUUCAACGCUAAGAUUGGGCCAAGAAGAACUUCUGAAAAACACCACAUUGGGACCCACGGAUUAGAAUGGAACGAACAGGGUGAGCGCCUCUCGGAGUUAUGA